UUGCGCUGCACACUGCUUCCCACUGUAAGACAUCACAGCACGAGGACCAGCCGACCACAUCCAACUGGAAGCAUGCAGUCUGCCGAGGCCCAGUUCAACAAGAACAACCUGCUGUUGACCCUGAGACGGUACAGCUCAGCCGUUAGCGACAUGGAGCAGACCGUUCUCCUGCCGAGCCUGCUGCGAGAUGUGCCCGCUGAUGAGGCGUGGGGCUGUGAAGCCGCAGAGGAGUCCUGCAGAGACCUGUACAGCAACUACCUGAUGCUCAAAGCCAUAAGAAACACGGCAGAGUGCAGCCUGGUUCUGCUGGACGACCACAAGGCCGAGAGCAACGCAGCACUCAACAAAACCCUGGAGCCUCUUCUGGACACAGAUCCUGAAUCGCUCUUCCGCUUCCACCUGAGCGGACUGUUUUCCGUGAUGUGUGACCUCACCAAGAAGACUCAGAGACUCACUGUGAAAUAUAUGGACAUCAUCGGAGUUGUGAAUUAGAAAGCGUGCAAGAGCUGUGAACUUCCAGUGGAACAAAAGUAUGGUGUUUGUAAAAGUGCUGAAUAUGUAGUGAAGUCAUCUGAACAUGUCAAAUAUCUGAAGUGUUUACAGUCUGUGAUCCACUGCUUCUAACUUAAUGGAUAUGAAACGAACGUGCAUUGUCAAAACUGAUCAAUUCUAUCUCUUCACAACUGUAAUACUCCCUUGGAAACUAUGCUUAGGGGAUGUAUAAAAACGUUGACUGAUUAAAUGAUCAUGAGACAAGAGAA